AUGGAUUACACCCCCUCCCAUACGGCCGACGAGGCUGUGCGCACUUCGGCGAAGCGCACAGCCGACCUCUUCGGCGCCGAAUACCUGAUGGUCACACCCUCGACCCUGACAGAUGGUUCCAUCGGCGUUUCCUACCGACGAAAGGCAGAAUACCAGGAUGCCAAGGCGGCGGCAGGCCGAACGAAACGCCCCAAGAUCCAGUCACAGGCACCGGCGGACCAGAGCGGCGCGUCCAUGUCGCUGGUGAAGAGGACGCCGGGCGCCGGUGCCGCCGGUGGUGAGGACCAACCCAAGAGCCUGAUCCAGCGACCAUCUGCCACGAAGCAACAGAGACCGGACUGGCAUGCGCCGUGGAAGCUGAUGCGUGUGAUCUCGGGCCAUCUGGGAUGGGUGCGCAGCUUAGCUGUGGAGCCGAAUAACCAGUGGUUUGCCAGUGGAGCUGGAGAUCGCACCAUCAAGAUCUGGAAUCUGGCCACGGGUGCCUUGCGAUUGACGCUUACGGGUCACAUCUCGACUGUACGUGGGCUGGCCGUGUCGCCGCGGCACCCGUAUCUCUUUUCGUGUGGUGAAGAUAAGAUGGUCAAGUGCUGGGACCUGGAAACAAACAAAGUCAUUCGACACUACCAUGGUCACCUUAGCGGUGUCUACACGCUUGCCCUCCACCCCCGUCUCGACCUACUGGUCACGGGUGGUCGAGAUGGUGUGUGCCGGGUCUGGGACAUGCGCACGCGGAGCAACGUCCACGUCCUGGCCGGACACAAGGGUACCGUGGCCGAUAUCAAGUGCCAGGAAGCCGACCCGCAGAUCAUUUCUGGCUCCCUCGACGCCACCGUGCGGCUGUGGGAUCUGGCCGCGGGCAAGAGCAUGGGAGUACUGACACAUCACAAGAAGGGCGUUCGUAACCUCGCCGUCCACCCGAGCGAGUUCACCUUCGCCAGUGCCAGCACUGGCAGCAUCAAGCAGUGGAAGUGUCCGGAAGGCGCGUUUAUGCAGAACUUCGAGGGCCAAAACGCCGUCAUCAACUCUCUCGCCGUCAACGACGACAACGUUCUUUUCUCCGGCGGUGAUAAUGGCUCCAUGUCCUUCUGGGACUGGAAGACCGGUCAUCGCUUCCAGUCUAUCGAUACCACCGCCCAGCCUGGUUCUCUUGAUGCCGAGGCUGGUAUCAUGGCUUCGACCUUCGACCGCACUGGCCUGCGUCUUCUUACCGGUGAAGCCGACAAGACUAUCAAGGUCUGGAAGCCGGACGAGGAGGCCACCCCCGAGACCCAUCCGGUGACUUGGGCUCCCACUCUUGGCAGAACACGGUAUUAA